GGAUUUACAAGACCCAUUUGUUUGGGAAGGCAAGCAUCAUAGUUUGCAGUGCGGAGUUAUGUAAAAAAGUGUUGACAGAUGACAAUAACUUUCAAUGGGGCUACCCUGUUUCAAAUCUGAUUCUGGGUGAUGUGCCAUUCGACUACAUGUCUAGUCACAGGCGACUUCACAGGCUAGUGACAACGGUUCUCAAUCAACAUCAAUCCCCUUCAUCGCAUUUAGGGACCAUUGAGAAAAUCGUUAUCAACACACUGGAAGAAUGGAGUAAGAUGAAGGAACCGAUCCUUUUCGUUCCUGAGGUGAAUAAGUUUGUGUUCAAACUCAUUAUAGCCAUCUUUCUUGGCUUUGGAACUGACGAUAAUCAAAUUGCAUCCAUGGAGGAGUAUUAUAGAAAAGUAUACUAUGGAUUACAUACCACUCCCAUUAACAUCCCUGGUUUUGCAUAUCAUAGAGCAGUCCAGGCAAGGAAGGUGCUGGUGAAUAAGAUUCGAGGUGUAUUGGGUGAAAGGAGAGAGAGGAGAUGUAAUGACCCCGACCCAAACACAGGCAUAAUCGACUUUUUGGAGAAAGGUGAUUAUGAGGAUGGUAGACCUAUGAGCCAUGAACACCUUGUUGUUUUGUUAAUCGGGCUCUUCAUUGCGGGUCGUGAAACUACAUCUCGAACGGCUAUAUGGGCCACCAUCUAUCUCCAUAAUCAUCCCCAUCUGUUGCAUAAGGCCAAGGAAGAGCAAGAGGAAAUCGUGAAAAGAAGACCUUCUUCCCAGAAAGGUUUAACCUUCACCGAAAUUAAACAAAUGAAAUAUCUAUCCAAGGUGAUUAAUGAGACACUACGAAUAUGCACCAAUAAUUUUUCAAUCUUUCGAGAAGCAAAAAAUGUAACUUAUCUCAAUGGCUACCAGAUACCACAAGGCUGGAAAGUGUUGGUAUAGACAAGUGCAGUUCAUAUGGACCCUGAAAUUUAUCCCAACCCAAACCAGUUCCUUCCUUCAAGAUGGGAUGUAAGUAAAAUGGUGAAAUAAUGACCUCAUACCAUGGCAUUGUAAUAAGUAUGCUUUUUUUUUUCUUAAAAAUGUUUCCAGGAUUUUAUACCCAAAGCAGGGGCUUUUCUACCCUUUUCAACAGGAAGUAGUACCUGUCCUAGAGCUGAUUUGGCCAAACUUGAAGUCACCAUUUUCCUUCAUUAUUUCCUCCUCAACUAUAAGCUUGUACAACUUAAUCCAGGAGGUCCUGUUAAUUAUUUCCCUUCACCAGAUCCAGUCGAUAACUGUCCUGCCAAAAUCAUUAAGAUCCGUUGAUUAUGCUUUACUACUUUAGUUCAUAAUAAAAGGUU